GUUCAAUUGUCCAGUAGCUCAUAAAAAAACAACAACCACACUUCCCCUCAUAAACAUAAAUAGAAAUUAAAAAUUAAAUUAAAAUUAAUUUAUUCUGAGGAAAUCCAUGUAUGAGUUAGAUUAUAGUAAAAUAAAGCCAUUUAUAUCAGGGGGAAUGUCAGAACCUGACUUGAACCAGUGCAUCACAGAUUAUGGCUCACACUGCCGCACAGUGGUGACAGGGGGUACUGCGUGAUGACGCGCCCACACUGCGCUACUUACGCAGCCCUCCGUCGCGACGUAAACACGUGCAGUUCGCUGCUUCCAGGUUACGGUUUUUUUCAUUCCACCGUCAUCCUCGCGCUCUAGCAUCACUCCCUGACAACAGCAGCGAUGGCGGAGCCCGUAGCAUCGGAUGCGGCGGCCACAACGGACGCAGCAGAAGCGGCAGCAUCCCCGACCCCGGGCCUCUCCCCCGCAGCCAGCCCGGGCUCGGAGCCUCCAUCCAUGGCUCUGUCUCCCACGGCGGACGGCUCCCAGCGGCUGCUCUUCUCCCACGACCUGGUCUCCGGGCGGUAUCGCGGCUCAGUCCGGUUUGGCCUCGUACGGAUGAUCCACGGCGAGGAGGAUUUUAACUCAGACUCGGACCUCGAUGAUGGCGGAGGGAGAGGCGGUGGCGGUGGAGGAGGAGGAGGAGGUGGCGGAGGAGGAGGAGGACGAGUCCCGUGUGGUUCGGACACUGAGAGCGGUGUGGACACCCCGAGUCGGCCUCUCUGUAGGGGAUUUGUCCGCGUCCAGUGGUACCCUGAAGGAGGAAAGCAGGACAUCAGGGAGACAAAGCUGAAACUUGAAGAUCGAUCCAUCGUCAUUAGAGACAUUGUGCGACGAAACAACUCUAAUGACAACCAGUGUGGUAUUGUGACCAACAUUGACAUCGAGUGUGCAGUGAAGCUGGUGGGAACAAACUGUGUUCUGUAUCCAGUCAACAGCAAAGACCUGCAGCACAUCUGGUCUUUUAUGUACGGCGACUACAUCGCUUACGACUUCUGGCUGGGGAAAGUGUACGACUUGACUAAUCACAUCAUCCUCAAGCUUUCCAACGGAGCCAGGUGCUCCAUGAGUGUGGAGGACGGUGCCAAGCUUUACGACGUCUGUCCACAUGUCAGCGAUUCGGGCCUGUUCUUCGAUGAGGCGUAUGGUUUCUACCCAGGCCAGGUUCUGAUCGGUCCGGCCAAAGUCUUCUCUAAUGUACAGUGGCUGUCGGGGGUCAAACCUGUCCUCAGCAGAAAGUGCAAGUUCAGGGUGGUGGUAGAAGAGGUAAAAGUGGUUGAACUGAAGGUGACGUGGAUCACAAAGAGCUACUCUCCCAAAGGUUCAGACAGCGUCUAUCCACCUCCCUCCACCAUCACACAGGAAAAUCUCUGCAGGGUGAGGCGUUUGGGUUACUACGACCACACCCAGAGGCAGCUGGGAGAGAGGGCCCUAUAUGUUUUCCCUGCCAAGGGGGACGCCACACGCAUCACCUGUGAAGGACCUGAGGGUGCCCCUGUCCUGCCUGAAGACCCCGUGGCCAGAAAGUUGAAAAGGAUUUUCAAGAAGGAUUUGGGGAAGAAGACGGAGAAUGCCGACGCACAAGGGGAGCACAAAUCAGAGCAGACAGAUUCGUCUCAUCCCAACAACAACAACGGCCCUGUUGUGCCCAUCCAGUACCCUCUGGACUCCCACAACACUAACGACACCUCGGCUGAACACGGGGAGCAGGACGCUGACGACGAGGCUGCAGAAGACACUGACGAUACCAGCUCUCUGACGUCAUCAGCCAGCUCCACAGCCUCUUCUCAGAGUGGCGGUCUGGGAACCAACCGCAAGAAGAGCAUCCCGCUCUCCAUCCGUAACCUGAAGAGGAAGCACAAGAAGAAGAGGACCAAGUUCUCCCGCGAGUUCAAGCCCGGAGACCGGGUUGCAGUGGAGGUUGUAUCCACAAAGACGACGGCUGAUGUGAUGUGGAAGGACGGGCGGGUGGAGAAGGGGAUCCGAUCAAACGACCUCAUCCCCAUCCAGCACCUCGACAGUCAUGAGUUCUGUCCCGGGGACUUCGUUGUAGAUAAACGACCCCAAGCCCUCCAGGACCCGGGAGUGUACGGUGUGAUCCAGUCUGGUGAUCACAAGGGCAGAACAUGUGUCGUCAAGUGGAUCAAACUCAACUCCAGCAGCGACGACGUGGAGGUAAUUGGUAUGGAGGAAGAUGUCAGUGUGUAUGACAUCGCAGAUCACCCAGACUUCCACUUCCGCACCACCGACAUCGUCAUCAGAAUAUGGAACUCAGAGAACGGACACAACGACUGCGAAAAUGAGACGUCAGUUGGCCAGGUGUCCAGGGUGGAUGUGAGCAGCAAAGUGGAGGUUGUGUGGGCGGAUAAUUCCAUGACCAUCGUCCUGCCACAGCACCUCUACAAUGUGGAGUCUGAGAUCGAGGAGACCGACUACGACUCGGUGGAGGAGACGAGCAGCGUCCUGUCCACUGAGGAGUGGGAGGACGAGAGCGACAGCUGGGAGACGGACAACGGCCUCACCACCGAGGACGACAGCCACGUCAACAAUACAGAUGUCAUCGACACAGCGACCCCAACCCCCACCCCCACCAGCUCCUCGACGUUCAUAAUCCCCCCUCAAGAGGGCAGCAAAGCCGGGGUCACCAGCCCCACUAAAGGAGCCCCAGGAGAGGAGGGAGAAGCCUCUGUGGCUGCUGCUAGUCCCGCUUCUGGAGGAGGAAUUUGUGAUAAGCUUCUAAAUUUUGCCUGCUUAGGAACCACCCCAGGAGCAGUCAACGGAGCGGAGAAGCCAAGCAAAGAUGGCACCUCCCGAGGCUUCAGGGAGUUGAAAGAGGCCCUGAAGAUCCUGGAGAGCCUGAAGAACAUGACUGUGGAGCAGCUCUGGACAGGCGGUUCUCCGACCUCCCCGACCUCCGCUGAACCCGCUUCCACAACGAACGUAGCGAGUUCAGUGACGCCCACGGCCCCUGAGAAACCGACCAAGGAGAAACGCUUCCUGGAUGACAUCAAGAAGCUGCAGGAGAACCUGAGGAAGACGCUGGACAACGUGGCCAUUGUGGAGGAGGAGAAGAUGGAGGCUGUGGUGGAGGCAGGUGGGAGUGGAGGAGCGGGGACAGAGGUAGAAAGAGUUGGAGAGGAAAAGCCGCAGCAGGAGCCACAGACACCGGUGGGUGGACAAGAAUGGCCCAGUGAGUUUCUCAGUGACACACCAGUACUGUGCCAACAGAGUGGUGGCAAGCCUGGCGUCACCUUCACCAGUGCCAAGGGAGAGGUGUUCUCUGUGCUGGAGUGGGCACCAGACACACACUCGUUUAAUAAAAUGGAGUUUCAGCCAGCGGAGGCAAAGAAGUUCUUCAGCACAGUGAGGAAGGAAAUGGCUCUGCUAGCAACGUCCCUGCCAGACGGCAUCAUGGUCAAAACAUUUGAGGAUCGCAUGGACCUGUUCUCAGCUCUGAUCAAAGGGCCGACUCGAACGCCUUACGAAGACGGUCUGUUCCUGUUCGACAUCCAGCUGCCCAACAUCUACCCAGCUGUGCCGCCUCUGUUUCGCUACCUGUCACAGUGCAGCGGCCGCCUCAACCCCAACCUCUACGACAACGGCAAGGUCUGCGUCAGCCUGCUGGGCACCUGGAUCGGCAAGGGCACUGAGAGAUGGACCAGCAAGUCCAGUCUGCUGCAAGUCCUCAUCUCCAUACAAGGCCUUAUCCUCGUCAACGAACCUUACUAUAACGAGGCUGGCUUCGACAGUGACCGAGGCCUCCAGGAAGGCUAUGAGAACAGCCGCUGCUAUAACGAGAUGGCCCUCAUCAAGAUGGUCCAGUCCAUGACGCAGCUCCUCCAGAAUCCUGUGGAGGUCUUCAAACAGGAGAUCCAGGAGCACUUUAUUUCUAACGGCUGGCGGCUCGUCCACCGCCUGGAAGCGUGGCUCGAGCUGCACGACGGUGCUGAGCGGGGUCAGGCGGCGCACAGGGCCCAUCACUCCAAAGACCGACCCUCAUCUGUGGAGCCUCUGGACGAGCAGGGGCCCGUGGUGGUGGCUCACAGCAGCCCCAGUAAGCCUGGGGAGGAGGGGGUCACAGGAGCCGGAGUUAGCAGUAUUAUGGAGGAGGAGCUGGAGGAUUCAGGGCUGAGUCCCUCCACUACAGCCGCCUCUCAGCAGGAGCUGAGCCACAACUCAGACUGCGACAGCACCCAGGGGAGCACCACUCUGGUUGGUGACAACAGGGGAGGCGCCACAGUCGCCUGCUCUGUAGUCCGCGGCGGGACGUCGGAAUCAGGUUCAGCCACGGUUAGCGGAGGAGGGGCGGGCUCCACAGGAAGCCAGCCGGUGGUGCGACCAAAGAAACGGAGAAAGAGCUACCGGAGUUUCCUCCCAGAGGGCAGCGGCUACCCGGACAUCGGCUUUCCACUCUUCCCACUCUCUAAGGGCUUUGUGAAGAGCGUUCGAGGUGUGCUGCUGCAGUACCGAGCUGCGCUGGCCGCCGCUGCCAUCACUGAGCACACAGAGGACAAGUAAGUGCCUCCUCGCCAUUCCCCCAACACACGUCUGCACUGUUCCCUGCUCUUUUCCUCCUUCUCUACUACCUUUUCAUCCGCCUUGCGCUGUAGAGGAGGAUCCAUUACUUGUCAUCUUUGGGGGGGGGCUACAAUUUUCAAUCUUCUGUACCCCUGUCCAGAGCUGCACUGUGCCCCCAGCACUGCCCACAUUUUUGUCCUCCAUUUCUUAGUCUGUACCGCUCCUGCUGCCCCAAACUCCACAAUGUUUUUUGCCUUUUUCCCCCCAUAACCCCUCUGGAUCAAACCACGACUGCAGGAGAACAGCACCUUUUGAUCAGGAGAGUGAGCAGGUUCAGGUUUGGACGCGACUUGAUAAUGUCUUUGUUCUCCUUCAGUGUCUCUUCAGAUGAGUGUGAUGGAUAAAGAGGAGCGGACCUCACAUGCGCUCAACCAUUUGCACAAACCUAUGGGAGCUACCCUGUCACACAGGAACCCUCAUCUGCUCAUGGACACAGGUAAACACACGGAGCUUUUACCCAAGCCCGUCAUAGUUUCUCUUUUGGCCUCAGCAGGACUUCAGCGGAGGUGGUGUGGAUGCUUAAAGGACUGAAUGAGAUGAUAAAUCAGUGCCAUGAACCCUCCUCCACCCUCCUCAUCCACCUUAGCCUCCAGCAGCAUCCACCGUAUGGGUGGGGGUUUGCUGGAUAAACCACUCUGCCGUCUCAAUCAGCAGGAAAAAAAUGUAAAGCAGACUCGUGAUCGUCGCUGCAUUUUGGACGAGGUCAAAGAUGGCUGAAAAACUGCAAAGCCCAGCUCUCCUGGCUGUCGGGUCGACUGCGGCUAUCUGUAGCACUACUGAUAUUAUCGCUGUACCAUCCUGCACUACAACAAACGAAUGGACAAUCUGGUCUGGGAGAGGUGAAUACACCGACCAGGAGGAUUCUUUUUAAAUAGAAAUCACUGGUUGUACGCUUUCUGCCAAAUUCUCUCUAUCCACAAACACACACGCAUGCACACACACACACACACACACACACACACACACACA